AUGGACGUAGCAAGAGCACCAUUGCGACGGAUUUCGUUUGACGUAACAUUAGAGGAAGGAAACCUCGGGUUUCAUCAAAGGACACAAAGUGUUCCACCACCAUACAGAGCAGCUUUAGAAGUUCUUCGCAAGGUCAAGGAAAUUCUGUUCCCUGAUGACCCUCUUCGCCAAUUUAAGGGAGAACCUCUUCAGAGAAAACUAAUCCUUGGUGCUCAAUAUUUAUUCCCUUUGCUUCAAUGGGUUCCUACUUACAACCUCAAACUCUUCAAAUCUGACCUUAUUUCUGGCCUCACAAUUGCAAGUCUGGCCAUCCCUCAGGUUAGCAAGAGUUCAAAAGAGGGAAAUCAGCUACGCGAAGCCUUGCAAAUCUUCAUCCAUUUUGGACUCUGUCUCAAUGAUCUUGCAGUAGGACCCGUUUCAAUUGCCUCCCUCGUUGAUAGGAAUCCAUGAUGAAUGAGAAGUUUCUCCCAAUGCAGAAACGACCUCUUAUUCAUUAGCCUUGACUUCAACAGUCUUGCCUGGAUUUUUCAAUCAGCCCUUGGAAUUCUAAGGCUUGGAUUUAUCAUUGAUUUUCUAUCGAAGGCAAUCCUUAUUGGGUUCAUGGGUGGAUCAGCUGUAAUUGUAGGUCUGCAACAGCUGAAGGGUCUUCUCGGAAUCAAACAUUUCACCAGCAAGAUGGCCCUGGUUCCUGUUAUGAGUUCCGUGUUUAAUAACAUCGACGAGUGGUCGUGGCAAACAAUAGUGAUGGCGAUUUGCUUCUUGGUGUUUCUGCUGGGUGCAAGACACGUGAGCAUAAAGAAACCAGAGUUAUUCUGGGUCUCAGCUGGUGCUCCUCUUGUGUCUGUCAUAAUUUCUACUGCCCUGUCUUUUGCAAUAAAGGCCUCAACAUUGCGAAAUUGCAAAGAGGUAGUAAAUCCUCCUUCAGCAGAUAAGCUACUCUUUCGAGGAGAUCAUCUGCCUCUGGCCAUCAAAACUGGCCUUAUUACUGGCAUUUUAUCCCUCACAGAAGGAAUUGCAGUGGGAAGAACAUUUGCUACCAUGAGAAACUACAAAGUCGAUGGAAAUAAGGAAAUGAUGGCAAUAGGAUUCAUGAAUGUGGUUGGCUCCACAACAUCCUGCUAUGUUACAACAGGAUCUUUCUCUCGCUCAGCUAUCAAUCACAACGCAGGUGCUAGAACAGCAAUGUCCAACGUAGUAAUGUCUGUGACAGUCUUAGUGACACUGUUGUUUCUGAUGCCUUUGUUCCAAUACACGCCAAAUGUUAUAUUGGGUGCAAUCAUAAUAUCAGCUGUAAUUGGCCUCAUUGAUAUUCCUUCUGCUUAUCUCAUUUGGAAGGUAGACAAAUUCGAUUUCGUUGUGAUGUUGGCAGCCUUCUUUGGUGUCAUUUUUAUCUCUGUCCAAAUCGGCCUAGCUGUUUCAGUCGCAUUAUCAGUUUUAAGGAUACUCCUGCAAAUUACAAGGCCUAAAAUAGUAAUGUUGGGGAACAUACCUGCGACAAACAUAUAUAGAGAUCUUCAUCAUUAUAAGGAAGCCAUAAGAGUACCUGGUUUUCUUAUUUUAAGAAUAAAGGCUCCCAUCAACUUUGCAAACAUCACAUAUCUCAACGAGAGAAUAUAUCGGUGGGUAGAAGAAGAACAAGCUUCGAUCAAAGAAAACGUCUGCCUUCAAUUUCUCAUUCUUGACAUGUCAGCUGUGAGUACCAUAGACACAAGUGGAGUCUCACUUUUCAAGGACUUGAAAAACGCAUUGACAAUGAAGGGUGUUUCGAUUGUGUUGGUGAAUCCUCUGGCUGAGGUGAUUGAUAAGCUGCAAAAAUCAGAUGAUGCUAAUGACUUCAUUCGAGCAGAAUACCUUUUCUUAACAGUUGGAGAGGCUGUAGCUUCACUUUCAUCAACAAUGAAGAGACAAACACCAACCGUGGAAGACGCAAGGUGGAAUAUACCAUUGUGACUGAGUACUACUGAUUUGAACUUAAGAUAGCAGAAAAAAAGUUUAAAAAAAGAAG